CGGUUUCUUUGUUGGUCAUCAACACAGUGCUCGAUCGGCUCGGCUCGACUCGACGAGAUAGGGUUUCUGUUGGAGGGACGGAGGAAGCCCUCGGGUCGUCGCGGCGAUAAGACUUCGAGGGUUUGGCUCGUCUUCCUUUGCGUCGAUACCCUAGACGACGAAUAGGAAGAUGUCGGGCGGCUUCUUUCGGGGUACCUCCGCGGAGCAGGAUACUCGCUUCUCCAACAAGCAGGCGAAGUUGCUGAAGAGCCAGAAGUUCGCUGCGGAGCUCGAUCACCCUGUGGAUAUGACAAAGGUGCAGAUGGAUGUGAUCAGGCCAUGGAUUGCAACAAGGGUAACCGAGCUUCUAGGUUUUGAAGAUGAAGUCCUCAUUAACUUCGUAUAUGGACUUCUUGAUGGCAAGGAGGUAGAUGGUAAACAGAUUCAGAUCCAGCUCACUGGAUUCCUGGAAAAGAAUACAGGAAAGUUUAUGAAGGAGCUUUGGGGACUUCUGCUCAGUGCACAAAAUAAUGCCAGUGGUGUCCCUCAGCAGUUUUUGAAUGCCAAAGAAGAGGAAAUGAAAAAAAGAAAGGUGGAGAGCGAUAGAAUUACUGAGGAGAUUCAGAAGAGAAAGGAGAAAGAGGGAAGAGACUUUGAACAAGGGAAUAAAAGGAGAAUGGAUGUGGAGGCUGACAAUUCAAGAUUGGCUAAUGCUACUUCUGGCUGGAGUUCGGAACAUCCACUGGAUAAGACUUCCAGUGUUCAGCCUGAGACGGAGAGAGAUGUGGACAUGCGGCGGAGUCCAAUAUUGAAAGGACGGAAUGGACGAUCAAGGAGUGUCUCUGUUUCAUCUCAGUCCCAAGGGCAUUCAGUUUCACCUAUUAGGCAGUAUCAUUCUCCGGGCAGGCACUCCAUUCCAUCUGAAAGGCGGCACAAGUCUACAGCUCGAAGUUCCAUUUCUCCUCGCCGCAGAUAUUCCCCACGGAAUAACUGGUCACCUUCGAGGCACAGAUCACCUUAUGGUAGACGAGGAUCACCUUCAAAAUCAAGGCAUAGAUCUCCUCCACUCAUUCAACGAAGAUCAUCAAGGUCUCCAUCAUUCUUGCGCCGUAGGUCUCCUUCUCCCUCACACCAUAGGUCCCCAGUACAAAGCCGCAGGAGAUCACCCUCUUCCAUACGCCGCAGAAGGUCACCCUCUCCCUCGCGCAACAGGAGGUCACCUUCUCCCAUGCACCGUAGGAGGUCACCCUCUCCCACACGUCGCAGGUCACCCUCUCCCAUGCGCCGCAGGAGAUCACCCUCUCCUGUGCACCGUAGGAGGUCCCCAUUUCCCAUGCGCCGCAGGAGGUCCCCAUCUCCCAUGCACCGCAGGAGGUCCCCAUCUCCCAUGCACCGCAGGAGGUCACCCUCUCUGACACGGCCCAGGAGGUCACCCUCUCCGACACGCUCCAGGAGGUCACCUUCUCUGAUGCAUGACCAAUCUCCUAUUAGGCACAGGCCUUUAUCUCCUUCAACGCAUGGUUCUUUGUCUCCUCUGAGGAGACCGGCCCCACAUAAGUCUCCACAACAGAGAAAGACGUCUCCUCUGCAUUCACCAAGAAUCUAUCGUGCAGAUUCUCAAGUGUCUCUGGGUGCAAGGAAGAGGAGUCGGAGCCCUUACAUGAGUAGUAGCCCAUCUAAUCCGGCUCGUAGAGAUUCAAGUAGGGAAACUGAUAGGAGAACUAAUGGCUUUGAUUCCAAAAGAUAUCAGGAUGAAUAUACAUCUGAGAGGGUCGCUGAAAAUGCCGCUAAAAAAACUGAAAAGCAAAGGCUUCACAAAAGCCAAGGAAGGAAUGGCAAAGAGGAACAAGCUAGUCCUGUCAGGGAGGAUGCCCAUCAUAGAACUGAAUCCUCAUCCAAGAAAGUUGAUCACUCUCCAGGUACUCGAGGUCAUCCUACUAAUGUGAAGUUAAAACAGAGUGAAAGUGAACAUAACAGUAAUAUGGAUCUUCCUACAAGACACGUACGACAAGUUUCAUCAGAAUCUCCGAACGAAAUGGAAUAUGAUACAAAACACUUCAAAAGACCCAAGAGAAAACAAGAGACAAGCAGUCAAAGCAAUCCUUCGGAUUUGGAAGGGACUGAUACUCCCAAAAACAGGAGUUCCGAGAAGAGAAAGCAUAAAAAGUACGAGCAUAAAAAGGGUUCAGAUGACAGUUCUGAAUCUGAUUCUGAUCCUGAAGCUAAGAAGGAAGCUAAGAGAAGAAGGAAGGAAGAAAGAAGGUUACGCAAGGAGGAAAGACGAAGAAAGCGCGAAGAGAAGCACCAGAAGAGGUUAGAACGCCGUGCGAGCAAGCUUAAAAUGCGGCCGAUGGAUACCGUGAUGCCCCCAUCUGAUUUUGAGAAAGAGCACAGUGAUGCUGGCAAAUCAGAUGAUGAAGCUGCGACUAGGAAGGGUCCUCACAUAGCUGACGCAGAAGAAACAGAGUCCGAGGAGAAGCAGCUUGAGAUCAAGCUUCGGGAGAAGGCCCUGGAAUCUCUUAGAGCAAGGAAGGCCACUAGCCAUUAAUUUAUGGUCACCACAGUGAGAUUUAACUUUCCUUGAUUUCCUGCUCUUUGUGAUUCUAUUUGCAUUUGACACCUACCACCAAGUACUAGGCGGCGUAAUCUUCUUGUAUAUCAGACUUUUGGAUGUACUCUAAUUUUACUCUUUGUCAGCAGCUAAAAAUUAUUUAGAUGA